UCCCCCAAUUCGCAACCCUAAUUGAUCGGAGAUUGUCCAAACUCUCUGCCAUUUUUGCCGAAACCGAAGCAUUCCUCCUCUCUUCUCCGUCUUCCUCGCAGACUGUCUCGCCUUAUGCAUCUUAGUUGUAAAUUGUAACUUAAGAUUAGUGAUUGCUGUAAUGCUUUGGUUCCCUCUAACGAGGAUUUGUUGUCACACUGCAAUCGAUUUUGCCGAUUAGGUUAAUUUUAAAGGCAUUUUUUUGUGUUGUAUAGUUUUUGAAAAAUGGAUAAUUCGCGUAGGCCGUUUGAUAGAUCCAGAGAUCCAGGUCCGAUGAAGAAACCCAGGCUCAGCGAGGAACCAAUCCGACCUGUAAACUCCAACGUGCGGCAGUUUUCGUCGCAGAGAACGCUUGGUACGGCAGCGGCGGUGACAGUACCACAACCGGCGGCGUCGAGAUUUCGAGUUAGUGGCAGAGAAACUGAGAGUAACAUUGUCAGUGAUCCGAGCCGAGAGGCUUACCAGCCACAGCCGGUUCAUCCACAUUACGAGCUUGUGAACCAGUACAAGUCGGCACUGGCUGAGCUCACUUUCAACUCGAAGCCUAUAAUAACAAACCUUACGAUAAUUGCCGGAGAGAAUGUUCAUGCUGCUAAAGCCGUCGUUUCCACUAUUUGCAACAACAUCCUCGAGGUACCAAGUGAUCAGAAGCUGCCAACACUGUACCUGUUAGACAGCAUUGUGAAGAACAUCGGAAGAGAUUACAUUAAGUACUUUGGUGCCAGGCUGCCUGAGGUAUUUGUUAAGGCUUACAGGCAAGUUGACCCUCCUAUGCAUUCUAAUAUGCGGCAUCUCUUUGGAACCUGGAAAGGAGUCUUUCAUCCGCAAACACUUCAACUUAUAGAGAAAGAACUUGGUUUUAAUGCUAAAAGUGAUGGUUCAGCAGCUGUUGUAUCCACAGCCAGAGGUGAUCCGCAAUCUCAGCGCCCGCCACAUAGCAUCCAUGUGAAUCCCAAGUAUCUAGAAAGGCAGCGCCUUCAACAGUCUGGACGGACAAAAGGAAUGGUUACUGAUGUCCCUGAGAUCGAACCCAGUUUGACUAGGGAUUCAGAUAGACUGGAGAGAGUUUCAAGCAUAGCAUCUGGAGGCUCGUGGAUAGGUUCAGCUAAAGUAAAUACCAUUCGGCGACCUAGUGAACCCCUCUACGAGAAAGAUAUUGAGUCAAUAGCAGGGGAAUAUGAUUACGCUUCUGAUCUACCCCAUAACUCUAGAUCGGUGAUUAAGAAAGUCAGUUCAAGGGUUACUGAUGACGGAUGUGAGAAACAAUGGUACGGAUCUAUGAGCAGGGGUCCUGAUCUGAUUUCUGACCAAAGGGAUGGGUUACAUACUAAAAGCAGAACUUCCAACUAUGGUAUGGCUAGGCUAGAAAAUUUGGAAUCAAGUGGUCCCAGCAGAAAUAUAGGUGUACCUUAUGAUAGUUGGAAAAACUCGGAGGAAGAAGAGUUUAUGUGGGAUAUGCACUCAAGGUUAUCAGAAACUGAUGUUGCCACUAUCAACCCAAAGAAUGAGCUUCAUGCACCAGAUGAAUCAGAGAGACUGGGAUCGGAAACCCACCUUAUUAAACGACCAAGGUUUUCAGCUCUGGACCCAAGGUUCGACCCAGUGAAUUCAACAAAUACAUAUUCCAACGAACAAAAAGAUCCAAGUAUUUUUGGCCACUGGACGCCUUCUCCACAAUCUUUGCAUGAUUCAGAAGUUUUUUCUUCUAUCAAUGCAACCUCUACUGCAGCUAGAAAGGGAAUUCAGCCUCAACCUAGGAUUGUCGGCUCUGGAAUUUUGCCAAGCUCAGAUAGACAGUCGCCUUUACAUGAUUCAACUUCUAAACAGAAUGUGACCAAGCAAGAUGUUAGAAGAGCUCAUUCCCUUCCUCAACGUGAUCCAAGGGCUUCCCGGUUUCCAGCAAAAUCUCAGAAUGUCCCCAGGGAUGACUCUGUACGGCUCCCAUCUUUAAGUAGUCAGUUUAAAAACGCAAAUAUGCGUGAACUACCUGAUGCAUCUCAAGUGGGAAUAUUUGACUCUAAGUCAGCAACUGAAAAUGCGCCAGACCUUUCUAUUGCCUCUGAAGCUACAGGACAAUCCAACAUGAGUGAUUUGCUGGAAGCUGUCAUGAAGAGUGGAAUCCUUUCUAUUAAUUCAACAUGUGGUGCACUCAAGGAGAGUUCUCAGAAUGAGGUACUAGCCGCCCUCUCAGCAGCCACUAAGCCAAAGACUUUGCCAAUUCCGGUGGCUGGUGACAAUUUAUUAGCUCGUUUAAAAGUUGAACAAUCCUCUGCACCACUUGUCUCAUGUGCAGCGUCUCUUGCUGGCAUCACAUCGGUACAAACGUCAAAAGAGAAUAGUAAGGCCAAAGAGAAUAGUAAGGCCGCAGAUCCUCUUUCAAGCCUCUUGAGCUCAUUAGUUUCAAAGGGUUUGAUAUCUGCUUCAAAGACAGAGCUGCCAUCGCCUCCUUCCAUAACGCAGGACCAUAGUCCUGAUCAUUCCACCAAUAGCUCUAUGUCUGUAUCUGUGGUUCCAUCAGAUGCUCAGCCAUCCGUUUCGGUGAAAAAGGGGCCAUCUACUGCCCCAAAGGUAAAAGAGUUAGUUGCACCAUCUGAAACAACAAAAAAUGAACCCGAAGACCUCAUAGGAUUGAAGUUUAGGGCAGACAAAAUCCGCGAAGUUCACCCCUUGGUCAUUAGUAGUCUCUUUGAUGACAUUCCACAUCUCUGCACCUCCUGCGGCAUUCGCCUUAAAGAAAAGGAAGAACUUGAUAGGCACCUGGAGCUGCAUGAAAAGAAGAAGCUCGAACUCAGUGGCACAAACAGUAAAUGUAGGGUUUGGUUUCCAAAGGUUGAUGACUGGAUAGCAGCAAAAUCUGGAGAGUUAGAACCUGAAUAUGAGGAAAUUCUAAGUGAACCUGAGAGUGCUAUUGAGGAUAGUCCAGCCGUAGCUGCUGAUGAGACCCAAUGCGCAUGUAUAUUAUGUGGAGAAGUAUUUGAGGAUUAUUUCAGUCAAGAAACGGCUCAAUGGAUGUUCAAGGGAGCUUCUUACCUGACCGAUUCUCCAGCCAACAGUGAGGCUAGUGGUCCUAUCGUUCAUGCGCGUUGUUUGACCACGAGUUCAUUGCAGAGCUUGGAAGUUGGAAAUGCAAUCAAGCAGGAAAUUGUCGAGUAGCUUCCGUAUGAAGACAUGUGAUGGAGGAAGCAGUAGCAUCACAGAGGAAACAGGUUUGUGUUUCUUCUGGGUUCCUCAGGAUGCUAGUUUUGUAGAAAAGUGUCAAGCUUUUGAGUUAAGGAAAAAAGAUGUGCAGUAUUUUUAUUUUAUUUUUUCUUAUUUGUCUCUCUUUUUUUUUCACCGUAUACGAAUACAAAAAGAGCAAAGAGGCAUUCCCAAAUAUUGCAAUUGCACAUUCCCAUAUUCUAUGCCUUUCUUUCGUGUGUCACAAAAGAAUAUGAUUAAGAAACACACAGAUUUGUCAGGGUAACGUAUCGCGGACAUCCAAAGCAAACCCAUGACCAUAUAUGUACCUUUGCAGUUACUAUUUCUGUUUAAAAUAUUUGUGUCAUCAUCUCUCUCA